CGCGCCUUCCAGGCCGUUUAGUCCCGGGGUAACAGCUCCAUCACCGCGGGGCGGCGCAGCCCCACCAGCAUGGGCAGGGCUACCACCAGAGAAGAUCUGCAGGACAACAAGGACACAGCAUUCACCUGGGAAGUAAAGGCCAAUGACAGCACUUACCACCAGCAGUUCCGGGAGAAGGGCUUCCUGUGCUGGCGCAAGAGGAAGUACCAGACCAAUGGCAUCCAUACAGCCAAGUACAACAUCUUCUCCUUCCUGCCUCGGAACCUGUAUGAGCAGUUCCACCGCGUGUCCAACCUCUACUUCCUCUUAAUCGUCAUCCUGCAGAGCAUCCCCGAGAUCUCCACGCUGCCAUGGAUCACCCUGUUCAUCCCACUUCUGCUGCUCCUUCUCAUCCGUGCCAUCCGUGACCUGGUGGAUGACGUUGGGCGACACAGGAGUGACAAUGCCAUCAACAACCGGCCCUGCCAGAUGCUUAUUGGGAAGAGUUUCAAAUGGCGGAAGUGGAAAGACCUAUGUGUUGGGGAUGUGGUGUGUCUUACUAGGGACAGCAUUGUUCCGGCCGACCUGUUCUUGCUGGCCAGCACAGAGCCUAACAGUUUGUGCUACGUGGAGACGGCUGACAUUGAUGGGGAAACCAACUUGAAGUUCAGACAGGCCCUGGCAGUCACCCACCACGAGCUGAUCAGUCCAAAGACAAUGGCAGCUUUCAACGGCACGGUGAUAUGCGAGGAUCCCAACAGCCGGAUGCACCAGUUUGUGGGGAGCCUGGAGUGGAAUGGCAGGAAGUAUGCUCUGGACAUCGGUAACCUCCUCCUACGUGGCUCCAAGAUCCGCAACACUGACGCCUGCUACGGGCUGGUCAUCUAUGCCGGUUUUGACACAAAAAUCAUGAAGAACUGUGGAAAUAUCCACUUGAAGAGAACCAAGAUUGACCUCUUCAUGAACAAACUGGUGGUCUUGAUAUUCCUGUUGAUCAUGGUGGUCUCCCUGGUCCUGAGCCUGGGGUUCUGGCUCCAGGCGCAUGAGUUCAGGGACAAGCACUACUAUGUGCCGGCCGGGCACGCCAAGGGGCCCUUUGUGGACUUCUUCCUCAUCUUCUGGGCCUUCCUCAUCCUGCUCAGCGUCAUGAUCCCCAUGGCCAUGUUCAUCAUAUCCGAGUUCAUCUACCUGGGGAACAGCGCUUUCAUCAACUGGGACCUGAAGAUGUAUUACGCGCCCCACGAUGUGCCUGCCAAGGCCCGCAGCACCAGCCUCAACGACUACCUGGGCCAGGUGCAGUACGUGUUCUCGGACAAGACCGGCACGCUCACACAGAACAUCAUGAGCUUCAAGAAGUGCUGCAUCGACGGCCGCAUCUAUGGUCCGGAUAACGAGGACAAGACCUUCCCCAAGGAGAAUCCAUACCUGUGGAACGAGUUUGCAGAUGGGAAGCUCUCAUUCUUCAACAAGGAGCUUCUGAGCCUGGUGCGCACCAAGCAGGACAAGGUGGUGCAGGAGUUCUGGCGCCUGCUGGCCAUCUGCCACACCGUCAUGGUCCAGGAAGUGGACAACCAGCUCCUGUACCAAGCCGCUUCCCCAGACGAGGAGGCGCUGGUCACUGCGGCCCGGAACUUUGGCUAUGUGUUCCUGUCACGCACCCAGGACAGCAUCACGGUGGUGGAGCUGGGGGAGGAGCGGGUCUACGAGGUCCUGGCCCUCAUGGAUUUCAACAGUGACCGAAAGCGCAUGUCGGUGCUGGUGCGGACGCCAGAAGGCUCCAUCUGCCUCUACACCAAGGGUGCUGACACGGUCAUCUUUGAACGUCUGUACAAGAGAGGCGUAAUAGAAGCAAACACCGAAAGAAUCUUGUCUGCCUUCACAGAACAGACCCUUCGAACACUGUGCCUGGCCUACAAGGAGGUGGAGGAAAGUGCCUACCAGCAGUGGCAGCCGCAGCACGAGAAGGCCUCCACGCAGCUCCAGGACCGUGCGAAGGCACUGCAGCAAGUGUACAGUGACAUGGAGCAGGGCCUGCAGCUGCUGGGAGUCACAGCCAUUGAGGACAAGCUCCAGGACGGCGUCCCUGACACCAUCAGUAGUCUCAAGAAGGGGAACAUGAAAGUGUGGGUGCUCACCGGAGACAAGCAAGAGACCGCGGUGAACAUCGGGUUUGCGUGUCAGCUGCUGACAGACGACAUGCUCAUCCUGGAGGCGCGGGACGUAAACAUCAUCCUGGACUCCUAUGGGGAGCACAGCAAACUGGUGCGGACCCCCAAGCGCAGCCUGAGGUUUCAGCUUCAGAACGAGGUGGCCAUGGUCAUCAGUGGAGAGUUCCUGGACCACCUGCUGGUGUCCCUGCGCAAGGAGCCCCGGGCUGUGAUCCAGAGCGAGGCGGAGGACAAGGCCAGGCAGGAGCUGAGUGCCAUCAGGCGGUUCUCCAUGAUGUGGUGGAGCCUGGGGACCUCGUUGUCCUCGCGCCGGUCCAAGCGCAAGCGGAAGAACGAGAGCCCAGAGGCGCGCCGGGAGCGGGCCUUCGUGGAGCUGGCCUCUCGGUGCCAAGCCGUCAUCUGCUGCCGGGUGACGCCGAAGCAGAAGGCCCUAAUUGUAGCGCUGGUCAAGAAAUACCAGAAAGCAGUCACCCUGGCCAUCGGGGACGGAGCCAAUGACGUCAACAUGAUCAAGACUGCAGACAUUGGCGUGGGACUGGCGGGCCAGGAGGGGAUGCAGGCUGUGCAGAACAGCGACUAUGCGCUGGGGCAGUUCUGCUUCCUGCAGCGACUGCUGCUGGUGCACGGGCGCUGGUCCUACAUGCGGAUCUGCAAGUUCCUGCGCUACUUCUUCUACAAGACGGUGGCCAGCUUGGUGGGCCAGAUCUGGUUUGCCUUCUACAGUGGCUUCAGCGCCCAGCCCCUGUAUGAAGGCUGGUUCCUGGCGCUCUUCAACCUGCUCUACAGCACCCUCCCAGUCCUCUACAUGGGGCUUUUCGAGCAGGAUGUGAGCGACACUCAGAGCUUACGGAUGCCCGAGCUGUACGUGGCUGGCCAGAAAAAUGAGCUCUUCAACUACUGGGUGUUCUCCAAGGCCAUCAUCCAUGGCCUGUUUACUUCCUUGGUCAACUUUUUCCUUACUCUGUGGAUCACCUGUGACACAGCGGGGCCCAACAGCCUCAGCGACUACCAGUCCUUUGCGGUGGUAGUUGCCUUCUCCAGCCUGCUGUCCAUCACCAUUGAGGUCAUGCUGGUCAUCCGGUACUGGACCUUCUUGUUCCUGGGGACUCUGCUGGUCAGCCUGGGCUCCUACUUUGUCCUGACUUAUGCCACCCAGAGCCUGUGGGCCUACCAACUCGUCCCAAAGACUUUCCCAUUUCUCUAUGUCCUCCACAGUGUGCUGAGCAAGGCCCCAUUUCUGCUGGUGGUGCUGCUGAAUGUGGCAGUGAACACCCUGCCCAUCUUGGCUCUCCGCAUGUUCCACCAUAUGCUCAGGAAGCCGCGCUUCAAGGAGCAGGUGGAGGCCUUCCCGAGCGAGGUCUCUGAAGAGCCCAUGCCUCAGUUCCGCCGGGAGUCCCGUGUCCGGCGCUCCAGCUACGCCUUCUCCCACCGUGAGGGAUACGGGAACCUCAUCACGCAGGGCACAAGCUUGCGAAGGCCGCAUGGGGAGGGCAGCGACACGAACGUCCCCUCAGGGACCGAGAUCGAGGAGGUGCUGCCCUCAACUCCCCGGGAACCCAGGAAGAUCUCGUUCAUGAUGAGCCAGCGGCCCCAGCUCAGGUCCAGAGCGCCUUCCCAAGACUCGCAGAUGUCCUCCACUCUGAGCUUGGCCUCCACCCCGGACCCGGACCCGGGGCACUCUGGGAACCAGCCUGCCGCCACCAACAGACCACUCACUGGCCAGGGCUGGCUGUCCGAAGACAGCUCGCUGCCAUUUGCUGAGGCUGAGGCUCCGGUCUUGGAAAGGUCAUCACUGCCCUGGGAUAAGAGUUCUGGAGGCUGGGCGCAGGGCCUCUGGCAGAAGGCCUCUGUGCCCAACCAGGUGGCGAUAGAGACGAGUCCCAGCCAGACCCAGGAGUCUCUGAGUGAGCUGCCCAUGGAGACCGAGUCUGAGUCCUUGGAGAGGGAGCCCUCGCCCAUGGAGUGGCUGCCGGUGUCCUCUGAGGGGCAGCUGUCCCCUCCUUUGGGGGAGCAGGCCCCUGUGGGAACAAAGGGGCAGGUAUCUCCCAACACAGGGCAGCCAGUGAGCAGGAGGCCUGACCCCAGAGACAAGGGAGCUGAGCCCUUCACUCUUUCUAAUAAAUCUGGGUCCACCUGA